AUGGUUGAUGUUGGGAGAGUAGUACAGUGGGUUAGUGUUGCUGGUAAUAUGACAAGAGUAUUAUGGAUGGGCGGGCAUGUAGCUGCAGAUCGGGUUACUUCAGAGGAUGCAAAAUGUGUUUCAGAUAUUGUUUUGAUGAUUCCGGGGAAUCCUGGGGUUGAACUUUUUUACGAAGAUUUUGGUGACCGCUUUUUAAAAAAGAUUUAUGCAGGACACCGUAGUGGUGAUAUGUUUCAGAAGAAUGCGCUGGCUUUUUGUGUAGUUUCCCACUUGAAUCACGUAAGAUUACCUAAUGAGUUGCGAGGCGAAGGAGAGCAAAGACCUGAUGACAGGAUUUCCCUUCCGGGUCAGAUACAACAUAAAUUUGAUUUCUGUAGUGAGCAUUUGUCAAAGUCAUCUAAAAUUGUUCUGGUUGGCCACUCGAUUGGAUCAUAUAUUGCACUUAAGUUACUUCCACUUCUGAUUAACGAUGGUUUUACUGUGCUCAAAGUGUUUGGUUUAUUUCCGACGAUUGAAAGGAUGGCAUCUUCACCCAACGGAAAGUUCAUGUAUCCUAUGCUGGUGAAAUUGCGAAAUUACGAUAGUUAUUUGAAAUUCUGCGGCGGUAGCAUUGAUUACUUACCAAAAUGGCUGAAGAAGUUUUUCUGCGGUGUAUACUUUAGUCACUCGGAAACGCCAUCUUGUAUUCCAGAAGCUGCAACUGAAUUAAUGGAUAUUAAUGUUAUAAGAAAUAUUGUAUACAUGGGUGCAGAUGAACUUGAAACUGUCAUUGAACUAGAUGAAUCUUUAUUGGAGCACAAGAGGCUUUUACAGUUUUACUAUGGUGCAAAAGACGGCUGGUGCCCAAUUGCUUAUGGGAAGGAGAUGCUUGAAAGGCUAGGAGAAGAAAUAGUUACAAUUGACGCUGGAGAUUGCGAGCAUGCCUUUGUAAUCAAAAACGGAGAUGUUAUGGCCAAAAGAGUGGCUGACUGGGUAAGCUACCAAUCUCAUAUCGUUAGCUCAUAA